UCUUUUUCUCCGCAAUAUAGAGAAGGAAUAAGAUUUUUUUUCCCCCUCUUUAUCUUUCCCACUCACAAAUAUUAUUGAUUUGUUUUCUAACUGUUUGUUUCUUCUUCUUCUUCUCCUUUUCUCUUUCCGGAGUUUCAAAUCGAAUCUGGUUUUAAUAAGCAGAGUGCUGUGAGAUGCAAGAAGUGAGCGACGAAGUUGUUGAGGUGACGGUGGUGGAGAAAGCAGCUGUGGCUGGCGGAGGAAAGUCAGCAGCGCGGCGGAGGAUGCGGAGGAAAGACGCCGCCGCAGAUGGCGGCGGCGAUGGUUUGGUGAAGUGGGAGAGGUUUCUCCCUAAAAUCGCGUUAAGAGUUUUGCUUGUCGAAGCUGACGAUUCUACCAGACAGAUAAUCUCUGCUCUCCUCAGGAAAUGCAGUUACAGAGUUGCUGCUGUACCUGAUGGCUUGAAGGCUUGGGAGAUGCUUAAAGGGAAGCCAGAAAGCGUUGACCUUAUAUUAACAGAGGUUGAUCUUCCUUCAAUUUCUGGAUACGCUCUUCUAACUCUUAUCAUGGAGCAUGAUCUCUGCAAGAACAUUCCUGUCAUAAUGAUGUCGACACAGGACUCAGUGAAUACUGUGUAUAAGUGCAUGUUGAAAGGUGCGGCUGAUUAUCUUGUGAAGCCGUUAAGGAGGAAUGAGCUGAGAAAUCUCUGGCAACAUGUCUGGAGAAGACAAACUUCUCUUGGUAGCUUUCCACUGGAUGAGUUUGUCGGACAGCAGAAACCAGAGGGAGCCUCUGCAAACAAUUCGACCAGUAACCACGGGAAUGCAUUUGAGAGCGAUCAACAUCCUGUAAUUGGGAAUGGUGGUGAUGCUCAGAGCUCAUGCUCAAGACCAGAGAUGGAAGGUGAGAGCGCAGACGUGGAGGAUAAUCAGAGAGACUCGUUACAAAUGGAGAGCUCAAAGUCUCUAUUCAACGAGCCACGGUUUAUAGGGAAGGACAUUCAAAACUCAUCUAAAGAAGCCAUUGACUUCAUGGGAGCAUCACUUAGAAGAAAUGGACAACGUAACAAAGAAGAAAGUAACUCCAAAUACGAAUCUCGGAUAGAGCUUGAUCUCUCUCUGAGAAGACCCAACGCUUCUGAGAACCAGUCUUCUGGAGAACGUCCCUCUCUUCAUCCUUCUAGUGCCUCAGCUUUCACACGGUACGUUCACAGGCCGUUGCAGACACAAUGUUCGUUCUCUCCGGUUUCUGAACAAAGAAAGAAUGUUGCGGGAGCAAGUCAAGGCGAUAACAUUGUGCUAAUGAACCAAUACAAUUCAUCUGAACCGCCUCCAAGUGCUCCAAGAAGAAACGAAGCAGGCUUUUACACGAGAGCUGACUCACCAGGUCCACCGUUUAGCACUCAGAUGAAUUCUUGGCCUGGACAGAGUUCUUACCCUAGGCCAAUUCCCAUCAAGGGUAUACAGUUCAGGGGUCCAACUAACACAGCUUAUGCAUCUGCGGUGGCUCCUGCUUCACUCUCUCCAAGCCCUACUUCCGUUAGCCCGCAUGAGUACAGUUCUAUGUUUCACCCGUUCAACAGUAAACCCGAGGGCUUGCAAGAGCGUGAUGGUUACAUGGAUGUAGAGGAGAGAAGACACGUUUCUUCUGCAACGGAACAGAGUGGAAUAGGCAAUCACUGCAGUAGCAACUACACUGAUCAUCAGCAGCUACUGCUGGAGAAGAUGAACGAAGAAGGAUAUUCAUCAUCGGUGGGGAAAAUUCAGCAAUCUCUGCAACGGGAAGCCGCUUUGACCAAAUUUCGAAUGAAGCGCAAGGACCGGUGUUUUGAGAAAAAGGUCCGUUAUGAGAGCCGGAAGAAAUUGGCAGAGCAACGGCCACGAAUCAAAGGGCAAUUCGUUCGUCAAGUCCAAUCCACCGAGACGUCAACACAAGCUCCACAGUGAAUCCAACAAAUUGAUUGUAAUAUCAAUACAGUUCAAUUUUGUAUCAACUAGGGGAUUUUUAUAUUCUCCAAUGCAGGAGCUGUUCUUGUACUAACUCUUUACAUACGUAGUGAGGUGUUAAGAAGAUUUGGUGUACAUACAGCCUUUGGAGCAUGUUAUUGAGAGUUUAGCUAGGAUCUACGUUAAGAUGUGUAAUUACACACGAUGGGUUAUCUUCCUGUAACUCUAGAGAAUAGUUUAUAAGAUUAAAAAA